GCACGGCUGUGAGCUGAGUGGGCCUUCAGGAAGAGGUGGAUCUGGCCAUGCUGGCCAGAGAGGGAAGAGGAGGGAUGGCAGAGCCCAGGCUGGUGCCAGCCACAGUCUCGUGCCAGGGAGUGUGCCAAGCCUUGCCUCGUGAGCACUGCGAGUGCUCUACCAGGGCAGCCUGCCACCAGAGUCACAGGCUCCACUGAGCACCAUCCAGUGUAGAAAGGAGACGGCAUUGAGACCCUUCACCUCCUCCCCUGGGAGGUUGGCAGGCGUGAACAAGACCGGAGUUUGCUGAUGGCAGGGAGAAGGAGCCGAGAAGGUCUCCAGGGCUGCUGUGCACUUGGCCCAGCCCCUGCAGCGUUGUGGCUCACCACCCAGUGGAGUGUAGAGGAUGAAAAAGAAGUGGCCCGGGAGCGGCGCCGGCGGGAACGAGACAGGCAACUGCAGGCCCAAGACCAGGAUGAAAGUGGCCAUUCCCCGGGGCAGCCAGAGCAGGAGGCACUCCUGAAGCCCUCAGAGACCCCUGAACUGGAUGAAGAUGAGGGCUUUGGUGACUGGUCACAGAAGCCAGAGCAGCACCAGCAGCAGUUCUGGGGGACUGAGGGGUCUGUGGACAGCUGCAAACCCCCUUGGGGCACGUGUCCAGAGGGGGAGCAAGAGGAGGACAGUAGGCCCUGCCAGUGUCCCUGUGAAAAUGAUAAUGAAGGUGGCAGAUUUUGCCACACAGAAGCCCACCUGGAGGGACUGUGUCUGGACCAGAAGGGACCAGGCCCAGAGGAGGAACCCAUCCAGGACCACUUAGGGGCUGCAGAGACUGGAGAGGCAGAGGAAGAGCACCAGAAAUGUCUGCCACCCAGGACCCCCAGCCCUUUGGCCUUGGAGGGGACAACCGAACUGCGCUCGCCUCCUCUGAGCCCCACCGCCAAACUGGCUGAUAGGACAGAGUCCCUGAACCGCUCCAUUGAGAAGAGUAACAGUGUGAAGAAGUCCCAGCCGGCAUUGCCCAUCUCCAAGAUUGACGAGAGGCUGGAACAGUACACCCAGGCCAUUGAGUCUGCAGGCUGGACCCCUAAGCUAUCCCGGCAGGCCUCCAUAGAGCUGCCCAGCAUGGCUGUAGCCAAUACCAAGAGUCGGUGGGAGACUGGUGAGGUGCAGACUCAGUCUGCUAGCAAGACCCCCUCCUGCAAGGAUAUUGUCGCUGGAGACCUGAGCAAGAAGAGCCUCUGGGAGAAGAAAGGAGACUCUAAGACAUCAUCUACAGUCAAGAGCACCCCAUCCGGGAAGAGGUACAAGUUUGUGGCCACUGGCCACGGGAAGUAUGAGAAGGUGUUUUUGGAUGAAGGAUCAGCACCCUAGGCCACACAUUUUGGUGCAGGCUAGCGGCACCCUCCACUCCUCCAGGGGAGACGUCAGCCAGACACCACUGCCACCUCCAGCCCUGGCUAAGAAGUUGCUUCUGAUUACCAGCAUGGCCUGCUCGUGCCAACUGCUCCCCCCAUGCCCCUGCAAUCUCCACCACCUCCUUUUGCUCCUGGACCUUCUAACCUCUAUACUCUUCUACUCUGGCCUCCCAGCUCUGCCUCUCACAGUUGGGGAAGGAAGAAGACUCCUGACCUUGGCUAAAAGGACACUUCUUAGAGCAGCCAAGAGACCCUAAGGAAGGCUAGAGACUGAGAUCCAGCCUGUGCAGAGGGCUGGUCACCUCACCAGACCUAGGGACACCUGAAGCCAUACUGGAUGCUCAGGAUUCUGUAUCUUUCUUGUUCCCUCCCUACAGACCUCCCCCCAUUUUGUGCAAUAAAAUUUCUCAAGAGUC